AUGACAGCCUCUUUCUUCCGUGAGAAAAUCUUGAAAAGCACCCAAAGGUAUUCAACUCUAGGCUUAGUUGGCAUCGCCGCUUCAAUCGUACCACAUCUCCUCAGUGGGAUGACGCCAAAUGAAUAUGCUGCGAUAUGCAAAAUGAAGUUAGGGUCACAAAACCUCCUGACGGACACUUCGUGGAUAAAGUGGGCCUAUUUUGUUUGCAACCAACGAGUGAAUGGACAAAUGGAACCAUACCGGAAAAUUAUUCUUGCUAUGAAAGAAUUUUUUACUCCCGAGGAUUUAGAUAUUAUAUUCGAAAGAGCGCUCCAGACAUCUCAGACACGUGUGGUCGCUGCUCCACUGCUCGAACACGAGCCGAUUAUUAAUCACAGAUUAACAAGAAUCAUGCUCGACAAGAUCGAUCGCCGCGAUUUUUUUUGCGUUCGCUUCCAUCAGUGGGUCAAUUAUAUUGAACUUCAGAGUGGAACGCAAAAUCGAGAGGCAGCUGUAUUUGUUGAACUUAUGUAUCUCAUCGAUUUCUAUGGAGAGACCGAUCUAGUUCAAAUUCUGACCUCUCGGGAAAAUCAAAAUGAAUUAGGGCAGAAGUACUUGGAAGCUCUAUCUGUGAUUUGGCUGAACAAGAAAAAAAGUCCGGUUGAUGUCGUGGAUAUGGUGGUUCGCACCGAACGCGACGUCUGCAACUUUCUCUAUGGUGGAUUUAAAGCAUUUUCUCCUAGAGUAUGGGUUUCCUACCACUUGAAAUACUAUGAAAUUUACCGAAAUGAAGCACAAACAGUCACGCUGCUUGAUACGCUCACCAGUGCUGUCGGUCCCGCCAGAGUGGCGAUCAUACUACGUUUAGCGCAAAAGUCUCCAGAUUCGUCAGCCAGAGAGUGGGGACGUUAUUUCCAAAAUGAACAAUAUAAAGAAUGGUUCACCAAAGGGCUAACUCAUGAAGCUGUUUAUAAGACGAUAGCGAAUGACUUGACGAUUCACCCAUGGGAAAUUUUGGAAAGAUAUCAUAUUGCCGAUUACGUGGGCAAUGAAUACGCCAAGGCCAUUCAUAACCCUGGUUUUGAAAAAAAACAAGAAGCUCGUGUGUAG